AUGCGAGAACUCGUCCACAUUCAGGGUGGCCAGUGCGGAAACCAGAUCGGUGCCAAGUUCUGGGAAGUCAUUUCCGACGAGCACGGCGUGGACCCCACGGGCUCGUACCACGGCGACUCGGACCUGCAGCUGGAACGCAUCAACGUGUACUACAACGAAGCAACGGGUGGACGCUACGUGCCUCGUGCUAUUCUCAUGGAUCUCGAGCCUGGCACGAUGGACUCGGUCCGCGCUGGUCCGUACGGCCAGCUCUUCCGUCCGGAUAACUUUGUCUUUGGACAGACAGGGGCUGGUAACAAUUGGGCCAAGGGACACUACACGGAGGGUGCGGAGCUUAUUGACUCGGUGCUGGACGUUGUCCGCAAAGAGGCUGAGAGCUGUGACUGCCUACAAGGUUUCCAGUUCACGCACUCGCUCGGCGGUGGUACCGGCUCUGGUAUGGGCACGCUGCUUAUCUCAAAGAUCCGAGAAGAGUAUCCGGAUCGUAUUAUGUGCACGUACUCCGUGUGUCCGUCCCCCAAGGUGUCGGACACUGUCGUCGAGCCCUACAACGCUACGUUGUCGGUGCAUCAGCUCGUGGAGAACGCUGAUGAAGUCAUGUGCCUUGACAAUGAGGCCCUGUAUGACAUUUGCUUCCGCACGCUAAAGCUCACGACUCCUACUUACGGUGAUCUGAAUCACUUGGUGUGUGCUGCUAUGUCUGGUAUCACGACGUGUCUACGUUUUCCGGGUCAGCUGAACUCAGACCUCCGCAAGCUGGCCGUGAACUUGAUUCCGUUUCCACGUCUUCACUUCUUCAUGAUUGGGUUCGCUCCGCUGACGUCGCGAAGCUCGCAGCAGUACCGUGCGUUGACGGUGCCCGAGCUGACGCAGCAGCAGUUCGAUGCUAAAAACAUGAUGUGUGCCGCCGACCCUCGCCAUGGCCGCUAUUUAACUGCCGCGUGUAUGUUCCGCGGACGUAUGAGUACGAAGGAGGUGGAUGAGCAAAUGCUGAACGUGCAGAACAAGAACUCGUCGUACUUCGUCGAGUGGAUUCCCAACAACAUCAAGGCUAGCGUGUGUGACAUCCCGCCCAAGGGGUUGAAGAUGAGUACCACCUUUAUCGGUAACUCGACCGCAAUCCAGGAGAUGUUCAAGCGCGUGUCUGAGCAAUUUACGGCCAUGUUUCGUCGUAAGGCUUUCUUGCACUGGUACACUGGUGAGGGCAUGGAUGAGAUGGAGUUCACGGAGGCCGAGUCCAACAUGAACGACCUCGUGUCCGAGUACCAGCAGUACCAGGAUGCGACCGCAGAGGAAGAGGGCGAGUUCGACGAGGAUGAGGAGAUGGAUGAUAUGAUGUAA